UUUUAUUUUGGAUGCGAUUAAUCGUGAUUAAUCUUUUGACAGCCCUACUUUAAAUGCAAUAUUUGUAAGUGCAAUAACACAUAGUCUUUUCUUAAUAUAUAUUUAUUGCAUAUUAUAUUUCAAUUUAUUUCUUAUAGAGGGUCUGAAUGAGGUUCGUCCUGCUGUGUAUCGCGCUGCACUAAAGCUUCGUUCGUUACAAAAACUAUGCCAAAUGCACCUGGUGACACUGCAGGAUCUGCGUCCAGUUUUAAACCCACUAAACAGUUCUGCAGACCCAAAGGUUCGACUUUCUCAGGAAGAUGUACGACAGAGUCUACAACAGUUAUUUCUGAACAUAUCGAAGGAACUUUCUGGUCAAGAGGUGCUUGAAGCGACAGAUCAGACCACUAGACUCCUCUUUAAGUUAUUUGACAGAGAGCAGACAGGUGCUAUCCUGCUCAGGUCAGUGGAGGUUGCAUUGAUCGCUCUUUCUGGAGACUCUCUGGCAGCUAAACAAAGGGGUCUGUUAACCACAUACACAAAACGACACACAGUUGUCUCUCUCUUUCUGACUUUUAGGAUGUGGAAUUUUCUCAUUGUUGGGACAAAUAUACUUUGGGCAGAGCAUUUUAUUCAUGGGUUAGUGGUCUGUGCUUGUGUCUUUCCAGCUUUGUUUCGUUUGACUGAGAGCUACAUUGGAAAAGAUAAUAACGUCAGUGGCACUAUCAGUCAAACUGGACUUAGAAUCCUGCUGAAAGACCUCAGUCAGGUUCCAGCAGUGGUUCAAGAAAACCAUGUUUUUGGCACUGUUGAAACUGCAGUGGCUUCCUGUUUUAAAGGGGUAGUCGGUGCAAGUGUGACUGAAGAACAUUUUAUUGGUUGGCUUCAGUCAGAACCUUGUCUGUUGUUAUGGCUCUCCACUCUUUACAGACUCUCAAUGAGUGAGACUGUACAGCACAGAGUCCGCUGUCAUGCCUGUAAAGCAUUUCCUAUCAUUGGCCUCAGGUAUCGCUGUCUUAAGUGUCUAAACACGCACCUCUGCCAAAACUGUUUUCUAACUGAGAGACGCAGUAGGAAGCACAAACCCUCCCAUCCUGUACUGGAGUACUGCACUCAGCCAUCCUGGAGAGAAUCAGUGGCGUCACUGGCCUCCAGUGCUCGACACGCUUUGCUUCCUCGACAUCGCACCAGGAGAGAUGCAGAGAGGACACAGAGAGCUUUGAGAGCGGACUCCAGCACAGAACUGCAGUACAUUCCAUCUCCUUCAGUGCACCGGUCAGUAGUAGUUAAUGACACACAAGAGACGUCAGGGUCUGACACAGAUCUGACUGCUUCCACUCCUGUGCUGACAGUUGAGUCUAAAUGUUUGCAGACUGAAGACACAGAGACAGCUCAGAAAGAAACAGCUAUUCUCCAAAAAGACCUCAGUGUAACUCAGAAAGCCAUGAAAGAUAUGCAGAGAGACAAGUGGCUCCUGGAGAAAGAGUUUCAGGUAUGGAGAGUUGCUGCACAGUCAGAGCACGAUUCACUGGAAGACAAAUGCACUGAGUUGAAGACUAUGAUGGAGGCCCUGAGCCAACAUAACCAUCAUCUGGAGGAAGAACUAGAAAGAGUCAGUCAUGUGUUAAGUUUGAGGAACAAUAAUGAACUCAGAAUCGACUUGCAUUCUCGCUCAAACCAAGAUGACGACUGCAUCAGUGAAAAAGACUGGACACCACCAGAGUGUUUAAAACCUCACGAGAGCUCCAGUGAAGAGGAAGAGGUUGCAGAAGAGAGCAAUGGACAUCGGGAACAAAUAAGAGGGCUGGAGAGUAAAGAAGUGGAGCAGGAGACUGUUUAUGGAGCAUCGGAAGACAUCUGCACAAAUCUGGAUGAAACGGACAGUAUCCUAGUGCAGGAGCAGCAAGUUACUGAGGACGAGGGGGAGUGGCUAAAGGAGAAAGAGAAGGAGCUACUGUAUGGACAACAGGAUCUUUCUGCACAUCAGCCAUGUGUUUAUGCUUUUGCAGUGGAAGAGCAUUCUAGCUCAGAUGACACAGAGAUGGAAGAGGAACUUUGUAAACUUGUACAGAGACUGAGAAAUGAGCUCUCUUCAUGCACACCCAAAGGAUCUGGCUGUGUGGAGAGAGAAAUGUUAAUGAUGGCAGCAGAGGGAAUCAAGGACUCUGUUUCUCAUCUUGUCACUUCUGUGUCCACUAGUUUGGGAUGAUGGCAAAAUUGUAGUCUUUUACAUUGGCCAACCAAUAAAGUUUGAAUGCUGGUUCAAUCAUAA